AUGUGUCUUGGUAUUUGGAAAAGUUUUAGAGGUUUUAUUAAAAAAAGAGGUGGAAAUGUAGUUGAUUUAGGAAUCGGUAUAAUUAUUGGAGCCGCUUUCACUUCUAUAGUUCAAUCGUUUGUUAAAGAUAUUUUAACACCACCACUGGGUUUGAUUCUUCAUGGUUCAAAUCUCGAAAAUUAUUUUAUUGUAAUUAAACCUGGAAAUACACCAAAUGCGACUUAUAAUACUCCAGCCGAGGCUCAAGAAGAUGGUGCGGUAACCGAGAAUAUUGGUUCAUUCUUAAACACCGUAAUAAAUUUCCUUUUGGUAUGUGGCACGUUGUUUUGGAUUUUUUAUGAAUCAAAGAAGGAAGAAGAUGAUGAAGACCCAUGUCCUUGGUGUCAAGAAUUAGUUUCAAAAGACGCUGUCAAAUGCAAGUAUUGUGCUAGCAUUAUCAAUGAAAAGAUACCUCCACAAUAUAAACGGGAUCAAAAUAAUGCGAGUGAUAGAGCUUUAAUUGAUUUACAAUAA